AUGAGAGCCAAAUUGGCUUUAACUACUUUACUGACAGCCUGGCUGAUUGGUUUAAGCUAUGGCCAAACUACUUGUAAAAAUGGUCUAGGACGUGUGCUCUAUGAACGUCUGCCCAAUCAACAAUUGCAGGGCUAUGACGAUGAUGUGGUACGUGACACAGCACCGCCUUUCAGAGUCCUAGAGAAGUGCCAGGAUCUGUGUCUACGCGAUCGCACUGGCACCAACAAUUUGGUGCGAACAUGCACCAGUUUUGAUUUCCAACCUGGCAGCCGCAUCACCUCUUUUGGUGGCACCUCCGAGUACGAGGAAUCACUUUGCUAUCUGACAUCUGAACAGGCCGGACCGGAGGGCAUAGGCAGUCUGAUGCUGGUCCCGAAUAGUGUCCAUUUCAAUGAGAUCUGUCUGACAUCAAGUCGCCCUGAGCGUGAGUGUCCCAGUAGACGUUAUGUUUUCGAGCGACAUCCGCGCAAGAAACUUAAAUUACCCAUCAGCGAUAUCAAGGAGAUAACGGCCGCCAAUCGUUCGGACUGUGAGGACAAGUGUUUGAAUGAGUUCUCAUUUGUAUGUCGAUCUGCUAAUUUCGAUUCCACGAUGCGUUCCUGUACCUUGAGUAGAUUCACCAGACGCACACAUCCCGAACUAAUGGAAGAUGAUCCCAACUCUGAUUAUCUGGAGAAUACGUGUCUGAAUGCUGAAAGACGCUGCGAUGGUCUGGCUGUGUUUGUCAAGGAGGAGAACAAACGUCUUGGUGGUCCAUUCGAGGUGGAUAUAUUCACCAACAUGACACUGGAGGAGUGCCAGACCAUGUGUCUGCGUGCCGAGAAAUACUUUUGCCGCUCUGUGGAGUUUGAUGAUCAAAGUAAACAGUGCAUACUGUCCGAGGAGGACUCCAUUUCCCAGAAGGAUGACAUUAGCAUUAGCUCCAGCCCCACACAUCAUUUUUAUGAUCUUGUGUGCCUCGAUAAUCAACGAGCCACCGAUUAUCCAGAUAACGCAGUUACCUCGCACCUCUUCUCGAGCGGCCGGCGGCCAGAUACAGCUUUCCAACGUUACCGCAAUUCUCGACUAGGCGGUGAGUUUCACUCAGAGAUCACGGGACGUUCGCUCAGUGAAUGCCUGGACGAAUGUCUGCGCCAGACGAGCUUCCAAUGCAGGUCUGCUGUAUAUAGCGAUCGUUUUCGUACUUGUCGCCUGAGUCGGUACAAUCAAAAGGAUGGCAUGCGUAUUAUAUACGAUGCUGAUUAUGAUUACUACGAGAAUCUAAUGUUGAAUGUUGUGGGCGGUGGCAACGAUAACGAUGCGGGUCACGGGGUAAAUGAUGGCAAGCGACCUGGAGAUCAGUCGGGCAGCAACUGGAGACAGCCUAAUAAGCACGACGAUCGCUAUGGCUCGUCGGGCGGUUCAACUGGGACAGGAGGCGGAUCGAAUGGAGUGGGCGGAGGCACUAGGUUGCCCACAAGUGGCAGUGACGGUAGCAUUGACUAUGGCAGACCCUACGAUCGCUAUCCCGAUUAUGCGGGCAAUGAUUAUGAUCUUUAUCCGUAUGGAGAUGCAAACAGAGAUCGUGAUCGCGAUCGUGAUCGUUAUCCUCCAGAUCGUUAUGGCUCACGGUAUCCUGGCGGUGCAACUGAUAUGGGCUAUGGACGACCCUAUGAUCGUUAUCCUGAUGAUCCUUAUGAUCGGUAUCCAAGUGGUGCCAGUGGCGGCGAUAGGGAUCGUGAUAGAGAUCGUGAUCGUUAUCCUGGCGAUCGUGAUCGAGAUCGUUAUCCGGAUCGAUAUACGCCGGAUCGCUAUGCCGAUAGAUAUGGCGAUAGGCGUUAUCCGGACAGAGAGAGGGAUAGAGAUCGCGAUAGGUUGCCCUAUCGACCGCUACCCUAUCCGGGAAUCAACGAUAACACUUUGCCCAACGAUUUGCCCCACACACGACCCUAUCCCAGCGAUGAUGAUGCUCCAUUUAGACCAUAUGGCUACGGUGGUGGUGGACGCUAUGGCGAGAAUAGAUAUGAUGGUCGUUAUCCACCGCCCCCUGCACGUUAUCCACCUGGAAGAGAUCGUGAUCCCAUUGGUGGCUAUACGGGACGAGAUGCCCCCGAUAGCAUCUUUCCGGAUAGACGUUAUCGACCCUCAUCCAUGGAUGCGCCACGCUAUCCCUAUUUGCCGGACUCAAGAGGGCCACCCGGACGUUAUGAUGAUAUAGUGCAUAGUGCAAGGCGUCCAGAGCCAGAGUCGGCGAAACGUUAUCCACCUGCGCCUCUGGCUCCAACUGGCAGUGCCAGCAAAUAUGCCUCGACACCGAAUCGUUUUCCGGUAGGCAACGAUCGUUACCCCAUAGACAUCUACAAGUACGGUAAUCGACCACUGGGACCCAGUGAUCUUGGCAGACGACCUGGUGUAGAUCGUCCGCCAUCCUUCUACGACUAUGACUACGAGGAGCGGUAUGGAGAUCGUUAUGGACCCUAUGAUCGAGAAUACGAUGGUCCACCAAGUCGAAGACCAUUGCCGCCACCUGGCAACGGCCCAUAUGGCCGCUAUGAUACACCCUUCAAUCGUCCCUAUGGCACUGGCAGUCUUGAUGAUCGUCCUCCCAUACCACUGCCCGGUCUGGGUGUACACAGUCAACCCACGCCUUAUGGCAACGCUGGACACAUUGGCAUCGGUGUGGGUGGAGGCGGUGGUCCACCACCUCGCCCGCCCAUCACUCGUUGCGAGGAGAGCGAUAACUUUAAACAGAUUGCAGCCAGGCACAAGAUGAGACGUCAUUUCGUGCGACGUUCACUGAUCGUGCCCAGUUUAAUACAGUGCGAACGCGAGUGCAUUGAGAGCAGAGAUUUCGUGUGCCGCAGCUUCAACUACAGAGACACAGCGGCAGGCGGUUACGAUGAUCGAGAUCGAGAUCGGGAUCGGGAUCGCGAGUCGCCUAACUGUGAGCUAAGUGACAGAGACUCGCGGGAACUGGAUAUACAUGAUCCGGGUUCGUUUGACGCCUCCAACUAUGACUUCUAUGAGCGGAGCAUAGGACGCAGUGAUGGCGAGUGCAUGGAUGUCACUCAGACAUGCAAUGAAGAAGGCAUGGAGUUUACCAUACGCACACCAGAAGGUUUCUUGGGAAGAAUCUAUACCUAUGGCUUCUAUGAUCGUUGCUUCUUCCGUGGCAAUGGGGGCACAGUGAACGUCUUGAGGAUCAGUGGCCCACAGGGCUAUCCGGAUUGCGGAACUCAAAGGUAUGGCGACACGUUGACCAAUAUUGUGGUGGUUCAGUUUUCGGACAAUGUGCAAACGGGUCGAGAUAAACGCUACAAUCUCACCUGCAUUUUCCGCGGACCAGGCGAAGCUGUGGUCAGUUCUGGUUAUAUUGGCGCCGGUUCUGGUAGUCCCAUACCCAUUGAGUAUUUGCCAGCCGAAAAUACGUUGAGCUCGAAAGUGCGUCUCAGUAUUUUGUAUCAAGGACGACCGACCACCACAAUUGCAGUGGGUGAUCCUCUAACAUUCCGUCUGGAGGCUCAGGAUGGCUAUAAUCAUGUCACCGAUAUCUUUGCCACCAAUGUUGUAGCCAGAGAUCCGUAUUCAGGGCGUAGUAUACAACUGAUUGAUAGAUUUGGCUGUCCAGUAGAUCCGUUUGUCUUCCCCGAAUUGGACAAAUUGCGAGAUGGUGACACCCUAGAGGCGCGUUUCAAUGCCUUCAAGAUACCCGAAUCGAAUUUCCUGGUCUUUGAGGCCACAGUGCGAUCCUGUCGCGAUGGCUGUCAACCAGCCUAUUGUCCAGGACCUGCUGGACGACAGGAGCCCUCCUUUGGACGACGACGAAGAUCUUUGAAUGUGACAGAAAACAUAACAGAACAGGCACCAGAAGCUCAGGCCUUGGAGGGCAUCAAUCAACUGGAUGCAGAUGGCGAUGAUAUAACCAUUGUCAAUAGCACUACAGUGAGUGCCACUCUGGGACAGGGACAAUUCAAUAAUGAUACCCAAAUGGGUGAGAAACCCAAAGAGAAUGAGGAACCCGAACAAGUUCGCGAAAUGAUUGAGGUCUUUGAGACACGUGAGGAAAUCGAAAAGGAGUCGUAUCCACGCAAACUGGUUGCCCCCGUCGAGACAGUGUGCAUGACACCAGCCGAAUAUCAUGGUCUAAUCACAGCAAUCAUUCUGCUGAUGAUUUUACUUUUCAGCAUCACUCUAGUUGCUGGCCUUGGCUAUAGACGCUAUUGGAAGUCCAUUUCAAAGAAUCGUCUGGCCGAUAGACACUCGCCCAUACACUCGUUGGGCCACUCCCAUUCCUCGAUACGCACACAUGAGCGCUUUACCGAAAUUGGCAGUGCAGGUGGAGGUGGAGCCAAUCAGAGUGCAUCGAAUCGUGCCUCGAACGUUUUUCGCACCAACAUGUCCAUGUUUGGCGGCUCAUUACACAAGACUUUUGCCACAGGCAACUUGGCCCGCAUGUGCCAGCUGCCGGUGAUAAAUCCCAUGCGGACAACGGGACAAUUUGAGGAUCCUAGCGAGCCCAUCUAUACAGAUUUGAAUGGAGAACUCUUCGAAGAACGCUCCAGAUCGCUGCGAAGUCUGACAAUGGUGGCCGAGUCCGAAGAUAAUCAAGAGGUCUAAAUCAUAAUAACAAAAAAUCAAAUAUAAUAACGCACAAGAAUCUUUUGCUCGUCUUCUUGUGAUUAGUUUGUAUAUAAGCUAAACAGUUUGCCACCAUCUAAUAAUAUUUACCACUCAAUAUUUAUACGCUAGCCCAACAAAAAUCUAGCCUAAGACACACAAACUGCACACAGUCCAGGAAACAAAUGAUCUUACAAUCCAAAAAAUACAACAAAUAUUUAACCCCUAGCCU